UUAUUAUCUGUGCAGUUUGUUCAACUUUACUUGAAAUUUUAACUCAAACAAAUUCUAAUAGUUAUUUCAAAAUUCUGUCGCAAGUUAUAUUGUAAAUAUGGAAGAAGCAAUAAAAAAUGAAAAUACGUGGCUAGAAGAUAUAUCAAGAGGUGUGAUUCAAAAUCAAUAUAUCAUUGGUGAUAUUAUUGGCAGAGGCUCAACUUCUACGAUACACUAUUGUUUACACAAAGGGAGAAAAAAGUAUGCAUGUAAAAUAGUUCCAAAGACAAAAUUGAAUAAAUUUGAAACUCUAACGAGGAUCCAUGCAAUGUUGUCGUUGCAACAUGAAAACAUUGUAGCUGUAAGAGAAGCGUAUGAUGAUGCACUUCGAGUGUACAUAAUAGAAGAUCUGGCGUUGGGUGGCGAACUUCUCGAGAGGUUGGCCUCUUGUGGAGGAUAUUCUGAGAAGGACGCGGCUAAAGCGAUUCAAGAUGCUGCAGCAGCUCUAGAGUAUAUUCAUGAUAGAGGAAUAGUUCAUGGGAAUUUGAGGCCUGAAAAAUUACUUUAUGCUCAAGAGAGCAAAGAGUCAAGAUUAUUAUUGGCUGAUAUUGGCUCAGCAACACCUUCAAUGAACUCCUACAAAAUUUUGUAUUGUGCACCGGAAGUGAUAGCUACGGGAAAAGCUACAUCAGCAUCAGACAUAUGGAGUCUUGGCAUCGUUUUAUACAUUAUACUUUGUGGCUUCGAACCUUUUCGGAAUGUUGAAGAUAUGUUUCCAGAAAUUUAUUGGAAUGAUAAAACUGAGGAAGCGAAAAAUCUAACAGCUUGGCUUAUGCAAGAACGUUCAACGGACAGACCAACUGCUCGUAAACUUCUUGAAAAUUCAUGGGUACGUGGUGAAAAAACUGCACUGCAUUCCAUGAAAAAAACAGUUCAACAUUUACGCGAAUUUAAUGCUCGAAGAAAAUUUAAGGCAGCAACACUUGCAGUACAAGCAACACAUCGGGCCAUUGCUUUAUCAAGUUAUCAUGAUCCAGCUGUUUUAUCAACUAUUUAAUUUUAAUUCUUAUUUUAGUAUUUUUUUUUAUUAAAUUUUAUAAAAUAAAGGAAAAAAUUGUUUUGAUACUUAUAACAAAUUCUACUUUACC